UUUGGUGGGCAAGGACAGAGGUUAAAAGGCCUCUCUACUCGAGAAAACCACCGAAAGGACUUUGAUUAGACAAGAAAUGAAGUCUGAUGAUAAAAACAGUGGCACAAUUUAAGACACAGGCCAAGUUAAGCAUCACCCAAAAGUGUGUUCAGAAGAUGGGUGGAUGACAAGAGAGUGAGAUAUUUCAGAUCGAGAUACAUUCUAAUGUCAGAAGAGGAGUUGGUGUUAGCUGUUGGGCUUUGGGAUGAAAUUAUGGGAAAAUGGGAUGAUCAGCAAUUAGAUGUUGAUGACUGCCAUUUAGAUGUGGUUAUUAGACAGUUUUUUAGUUUGAGUAGAUUUAUUUUUUCUCACAUUUCUUAAGAAUAGAAUAGAGUUGCAGAUUGUCUAGUCAAAUGAUCGUUCAAAUGAUCGUCUGAAUGAUUGAAGGGUUGAAAUGUUGUGAAUAAAGAGAUUUGCCAUUAGACUUAUUUCGUGUGUUUGAACAAUUAGUUGUGGAAGAUAAGACUGAUAUUAUUGAACUGUUGGCUAUUGUUGUAUUGUAUUUUCUUCUGUGAUUAAUAAAUUUUAAUUCUUUAUAUUAAAAAAAAUAAAUUGCACUACAAGUAAUAAUAGGUCUUUGGUGAAGAAUUUCUUCUAUCCCACAUUUGUGCAGCUGCAAAACUUCUCUGUGGUUUUGCAGAGCAUAGAUAAAACUGUGAAGUUAAAGCCACACAACAUGAGUAGUAGUGGUGAUAUCUCUGAGUCUGGGUGGACAAUGUAUCUGGAUAAUUCAUCCAUUAAUAAGAGUACCACCCACUUUUAUAUUAAUCAUAUGAGUUCUAUGAGGGCAUCAAGCAUUACAUUUCCUGGCAAUGAGGAAGAAUCUUCCAUGGUUUCAGAUGCCUCAUCUGGUAGACAGUUGCUGCCUUUGCCUGACAAGGAUCAAGAGCAGCCUACAUCUGCAUCAUAUCCAGCAAGAAUGAUAGGAUUACAUGGUGAAAGAAAGGAUCUGGAUUGUGUUUCAUCUUGUUCUUGUACAGACAGGAGUGCUGCAAAAUAUAAGCUCAAAAUGGUGCAACAUGGGGAGGAAGAUGAGUAUUGUUCAUGGCUUCAAGACACUGCAAGCUCUUCAGACCAUAGUGCAGAGAAGGGAGUUCUAGAAGGUGAAGUCAAUAUGGAAGAGAAGCAACACCAGAAGCCACCAGCAGAAUCCCAUGUUGAUCAUGAGCCUCAUUUUCAAUGUUCAAAGGUUGGAGUCACUGGUAAAGUUUGAGUAGUAAUCUCUUUCUUCUGUAGAAGUUACAGUGCAGAACAAGCUGGUAUAUGCAGGAGGAGACGGAUUAAUAGACCUUGUUCAAUUAUAAAUUGUACUUUUUGUAGAAUAUUACUAAUUAUAAAUUG